AUGGUGGCGUCGGCGGUCGGUGUCGCCUGGUCAACCGCCCACGCUCUCCUCGCGGCGAGCGCGGGCGCGACCCCACGCGCGCGUGCACCCGCACUCCACCCCCGCGUCGUCUCCCACCGCGGUCCGACGCCCCUCGCGGCGGUCGAACCCGCCGCGUCUCCGAGCCUCGGCGGCGGCACGGGCGGACUCGGCCAUCGUCACCGACAGUCAGGGUCCUUCCCCUUCGCGUCGUCGCGCGACAUGGGGAAGAAGGCCCGGCUGCGAUGCGCGUCGUGCGGUACCGAGUACAAGCAGAGGACGGACAAGUCGCGGUUCUGCUCGGUCAGGUGCGCCGCCGUGACGGGGCCGUCCACCGGAGUCGGGGUGGCGAAGCCGUUCAAGGACAUGGUGCCGGGCGCGGGGGGAGAGUCCAAGUACGGCGACGUGCCCCCCGCGUUCGCCGGCGCGUCCGUCGUCGCCGCCGCCUCGGGGUACGCCGGCUCCGGUUACGGCAGCGACGUCUCCGCCUCCUCAUCCUCCGACUUUCAGUGGGACGGCUUCGGCACCGGGAAGGGCAGCAAGGGGGGCAAGGGCAACCGCAAGCGCAAGAAACGAGCCAAGAAGGGCGCGGGGGGGGAGUCGCUUCGGCCCGUGGAGGAGGACCCGCGGUGCACCGCGGUGCUUCAACUCCUCGACCGCCAGUGCGUGGUCAUCUCGGGCCCAGGACCGGCGAUGGACGAGGCGGUGGCGCGCUGCGCCGCCUGCGACGUCGUCGCCGUCGACUGCGAGGGUGUGAACAUGUCGAGGGUCGGCGCGAUCACCCUGCUGCAGGUGGCCGCCGGAGACAGCGCGUACCUCUUCGACGUGCAGGCCAUGGGCCGCGCGUGCUUCGAGAUGGUCUCCGACGCGUCCGUCACGAACGGCCGGAACCUCAAGUCGGUCCUCGAGGACCCCAAGGUCGUGAAGCUCAUGUUCGACUGCAGGGUCGACUCUGACGCGCUCUUCCACCAACACGGCGUGUCGUUGACUAACGUCUUCGACGUUCAGCUCGCGGACGUCGCCGCCCGCCGUGCCAACCACCACGCCGUCUCGCUCCUCAGCGGCAUGCCCAAGUGCGCCGGGCGGUGGCUUCCGAAGGGUCCGAACCAGGCGGAGGCGGCGUUGGCGGCGCAGGGUCCGGAUCGCGCGCCGAUCCGAUCCGACUCCGACGCUCCGCCCGACGCCGCCUCCGUCGCGCGCGUCACCGAGCACCUCAAGCGGAAGGUCAAGGAGCAGUACGCGUCGAACCUCGGUGGGGACGGCGAGCUGUGGGCCAAACGUCCGCUGGCGGAGGACGUGAGGCGGUACGCCGCGCUGGACGCGUGGUUGCUCAAAGAGAUUUACGCGGCGAUGGAACACGCCAACGUUCUGGACGAGGACUGGCGGGCUCGGGUGGUCAAGGAGAGCGAGCGGCGGGUGGGGGAGUACAGGGAUCUGGAGGAGCCGAUCAUGCAGUUCAGGUGCCAGGAGCGCGCGCAGGCGCCGGACCUGUGA